AUGGAGAAAAGGGAACAAUGUAUUCUGUGCCAGGGACGAGUGAACCAGCUGGGUGGAAUCUUCAUCAAUGGACGGCCGUUACCCAACCAUAUUCGACUCAAAAUCGUGGAGCUGGCGGCACAAGGGGUGCGACCAUGCGUCAUCAGCCGCCAGUUGCGUGUCUCGCACGGAUGCGUCAGUAAGAUUCUGCAGCGCUACCAAGAGACCGGAAGCAUACGUCCCGGUGUGAUCGGGGGUUCGAAACCUCGCGUUGCUACGCCGGAAGUGGAGAAACACAUUGAACUUUACAAGAAAGAAAACCCUGGCAUUUUCAGUUGGGAAAUUCGUGACCGGCUUUUGAAAGAAUCCAUCUGUGACCGCAGCACGGUGCCCAGCGUCAGCUCGAUCAGCCGCGUGCUUCGGAGUCGGUUUCAAUGCGGAGAAGGCGAACUGGAUUGUGACGAAGAUGAAGGGACGGAAGGGGAAUACGGAUUGGACAUGAGAGAGAAACGCCAGAAAGACUCUCCCGAUGAGAAUUCGGAGAAGAGUGAACGCAACACCAACCACAGUAUUGAUGGCAUUCUGGGAGAAGUGAAACUGCACAGAUCCGACAAAGACGAUAUAGAUUUAUCGGAUGUCGACUCGGAACCGGGUUUCCACGUGAAACGGAAACAACGACGAAGCCGGACCACCUUUACUGCUGACCAGCUGGAAGAACUGGAGAAAGCCUUCGAACGGACACACUACCCUGAUAUUUAUACCCGCGAGGAACUGGCCCAGAGAACCAAAUUGACCGAGGCACGAGUCCAGGUUUGGUUCAGCAAUCGCAGAGCACGAUGGCGCAAGCAAGUAGGCAAUAAUCAACUAAGUACCCUGAAUGGCUUAAUUCCACCCCAAACUGUACCCGGUUCUCAUUACGUCCUGCCAGAUUCAAGUUAUACGUUGUCAACAGCUCAAGAUUCGUUUUGGCACCGGUCCUCGCAGGCCACGGCUCCUUCAUUCCCUGCACCAUUCCAUAGUCAAACCCCUUUGAAAGCCGACGUUACAGCACAUUACCCAGGCCUUGUUCGACCAGACAACUAUCCAAGUCUACCGAAAUCCGAGAGUUCCUACACCCCUUUUAUCAAAGCUGACGGACCUUACUCCGCCUUGGUCGACUCUUAUUUCCCACAUGCAAACCAGAUGCCAGGAUUCCAGAGUCUCUCGACGGCCGACAGUAUGCAUUCCUCCACUUGGUCGCCACCGACCGCCACAGCUACAACCACCAUCGCCAGCUUGAGCGCCACCUAUCCGUCGAGCAGCCAUUAUCCUUACACAGACAUGAAGACCAGCUUUCCUUACAAUCCUCACCACAUCACAACAGGUGCGCCGAAUGUCGACAGGUGUACGGCAGAUGAAAGCCUUGCAGCAUUGCGCAUGCGCUCCCGUGAACACGCUGCAGCUCUCGGAUUGGUCGGCGAGAUCACGAGGGUCCCCAACAGCUUUUGAAAACUGGACGCAACAAAGUGAUGCCACGAGAUUCUUAACGGAAUGACACCGAAACGAAGAAUUUAGGAAAGAAAUUCUUUAAGAUAUAAAGAAAUGGAAUUAAUUAUAAGGAGGAGGGGGGGGAGAAAGAAAUAUGUAACAGAAAUACGAACAGAGGU